AGGCUCCGCGCCGAGCAGCCCCACGCCCUGGACAAGAUCGUCGUGCUCCCCGGGGACAUCACGGAGCUGGGGCUCGGGCUGAGCCAGGAGCACAGGGCGCUGCUGCAGCGGGAGGUGUCCGUCGUGUACCACGUGGCGGCCUCGGUGCGCUUCGACGACCCCUUCCGGAAGGCCGUGUUCACCAACCUGCGCAGCACGCGCGAGGUCGUGGAGCUGGCCCGCGGCAUGCCGCAGCUCAAGGUCCUGGUGCACGUCUCCACGGCGUACACCAACAUCAACCGCGAUCUGAUUGAGGAGCGGGUGUACGAGCCACACUUGGACUGGAGGCAGGUGAUCCGGAUGGCCGAGCAAACGGACCCAGCCAGCCUGUGGGCAAUGGACUGCCUGGGCCCCAAGCUCCGGGACUUCCACCCGAACUCGUACACCUUCACCAAGGCCCUGGCCGAGAAGCUGAUCGACGACGUGGCCUCCGAGCUGCCCGUCGUACUCGUCCGCCCCUCUAUCGUCACGCCGACCUUCAGGGACCCCUUCCCCGGCUGGGUAGACAACCUCUACGGCCUGGGGGGCGUCUGGGCCGCCGGCUGGAAGGGCCUCAUCCGCGUGACCCCCGGCGACGGCAUCGUCUUCGACACCGUGCCCGCCGACGUGGUCACCAAGACCACCAUCCUGGCGUCCUGGGCGCGCGGCCGCGGCAUCAGUAUAAGGCCGCUCCCCGACGGCGCCGCCCCCAAGGGCGUGGAGGUGGUGAACGCCACCGUGGGAAACGAGAUCGGCUGCUCUCACAGGGACAUGAUGUGGGGCCUAACGGAGGCGGGCCUCGCCAACGACUUGGUCUUCCCCGGUAUGAUCCGGGACCCCAAGUACCAGGUGGUCAGCAACCCGAUCGCCUACGAGCUGCUUAAAUUCUACCACCACAUCCUGUACGGCCUCGUCCUUGACACGGCAGCCAGGAUCACUGGCCGGAAGCCGAGAGCUAUGAAGAUGUACCGAAUUAUAGAGGGGGGCAUGGAGGCGACACUGCCUUUCCAACUGCGCCAAUUCAAGUUCGAGUUGGUGAACCAGCGGCUUCUCCAGAUCCUCAUGCACCCGGCGGACGAGGACGCGUACUGCAUCAUGGAGUUUUUCAGCAUCAGGGACAACCUGGAGAAGUUCAAGCAGGUUGCCCUCGACACGAUGCGCGGCGUGCUCGUGUACGCGCUCAAGGAGGAGGACAGCCCGGACAAGUACAGGCCGCAGCUCGAGAGGCAAGUGACACCACACGGCCUUCGUAUCGCGACAGCUGCUUAUUACCUGACUCUCGCCGUUGUGCGCAGACUGAUGGGCUCCCAGGCCAACUCGUACGUUUUCACCAAGGCCCUCGCCGAGCAGCUCCUGGAGGAGGUCGCAGACGAGCUCCCCGUCGUCAUCACCAGGCCGUCAAUCGUCGUGCCCACCUUCAAGGACCCCAUCCCGGGCUGGAUCGACAACCUGUACGGCCUGUCCGGCUUCUGGGCCGGCGGCUUCAAGGGCCUCAUGAGGAUAGUGCCCUGCAAGGACUUGGUCUUCAACAGCGUCCCCGCCGACGUGGCUACCAAGAACACCGUGCUCGCGUCGUGGCAUAAGGGCAUCGGACGCUCCUUCCCGCGGCCUGCCGCCCAGGCUGACGCCGCUCCCGCCCCGGCUGACGCUGCCCCCGUCGCCGACGUCGUGAACGUGGUCAUCAUGAAGGACUCGGGCGUGUCGUUCACCGACAUGUCGUGGGUCGUGUCCGAGGCCGGGCUGGGCCGCAUCGUGCCGUUCCCGGGCGCGAUCCGGCCGCCCAAGUUCGAGAACACUCCCUGCCACACCUGGUACCUGCUGCAGGCGUGGUACCACCACUACCUGUUCGGCUUCAUCCUCGACAUGCUGUCCAGGGCGGCGGGAAUCAAGCCCAGGGUCCUCGGCAUCUACAGGACGGUCGUCGUGGCGCUGGACGCGACCCAAUCGUUUUGGAAGCAGUUCGACUUCGACAACGACAACCUGAGAGAGCUGCAGACCAUGAUGCACCCGGACGACGAGAGGGACUACUGCAUCAUGGACCUGAUGUCGAGCAGGGACUCCAAGGAGGCGCUGCGAGCCGUGUCGAUACCCUGCGUCCGCGGCAUCCUCAAGUACACCCUGAAGGAGGAGGACAAUCCGGAGAAGAACUGGAAAAUGAUAGAGAGGCUGAAGUGGGUGAUGGCCGUUUACCAUACGGCGAUGGGACUCGCGUUCUGCGGCCUUGUGUACAGUCUGACCCCGCGCGUCUUCUGAGAUGACGUCGUGAUCUGCAGAGGAGCUCCUGAUCUUUGUAAAAAAAGUGCAACCAGACAAACAGUUAGAGAUCAUAAUUUAUUAAACCAUCAACAACAACA